AUGGGACUCUUCAGAAACCAGAGCGUCGACCCUCCCACCUUCCUCAUGACGGGCAUCCCAGGCCUGGAAGGCAAAGGCCUCUGGCUCGCCAUCCCUUUCUGUGCCAUGUAUGCGGCAGCCAUCUUGGGAAACGCCCUCAUCAUUCUUGCGGUUGCCAUGGUACCUAGCCUCCACAAGCCCAUGUACCUUUUCCUCUCCAUGCUGGCUGUGAGUGAACUGGGGGUGUCCCUCUCCACCCUCCCUACUGUGUUGAAUGUCUUCAUAUUUGAUGCCAGAGAGAUUGGGAUGGGUGCCUGUUUUGCCCAGAUGUUCUUCAUCCACUGCUUUACCCUCAUGGAUUCGGGAGUCCUCUGGGCCAUGGCCUUUGACCGCUUCGUAGCCAUCUACAACCCCCUCCAGUAUGUCACUAUACUUACCAGUCCCAGGGUUGCCAUGAUGGGUUUUGGAAUUGCUACGAGGAGCAUCGUCCUAAUGGCCCCGUUGCCUAUUCUGCUGAGGAGGCUGCCCUUUUGUGGGUCCAACGUGUUAGCCCAUCCCUACUGUUUGCACCCAAAUUUAAUCCGGCUUCCAUGUGCCGACGUCACAGUGAAUAACCAAUAUGGCUUGUUUGUUGUUCUCUCUACUUUUGGGCUCGAUUCUCUAAUUAUAAUUUUGUCCUACAUAAUGAUUGUCAAGACUGUCUUAGGCAUUGCCUCCAAGGAAGGGCGCCUCAAGGCCCUGAACACUUGCGUCUCCCACUUCUGUGCUGUCGUGAUAUUUUUUAUCCCUAUGAUUGGUGUGUCUAUGGUGCAUCGUUUUGGCAGGCAUGCGUCUCCCCUGGUGCACGCCCUCAUGGCCAACGUCUACCUCCUGGUUCCUCCAGUACUGAACCCCAUCAUCUACAGCAUGAAGACCAAAGAGAUCCGCAAAGUCCUCUACAAAUUUUUCUCCUGA